AUGUUUACCGGCCUCGUUGAAACAAUCGGCACUGUCGUGGCCCUCGAAGAACUCGACCAGACGACCUCGGGAGGCGGCGGCACGUCAUUGACUAUUGAGGCGGAGGAAAUUCUUGGAGAUGCACACAUGGGAGACAGUAUCGCCGUCAAUGGCACAUGCUUGACGGUCACCGAAUUCGACAAGAAGUCGUUCAAGAUUGGCUGCGCUCCUGAGACACUGCGCCGGACAAAUCUGGGGUCGCUGAAAAAGGGCUCCAAAAUCAACCUCGAGCGCGCUGUCUCUGCGAACACGCGCAUGGGCGGGCACUUCGUACAGGGCCACGUCGACACAAUUGCGACAAUCCAGUCCGUGACUCCUGAUGGGAACGCCCUCACCUUCCGCUUCAAGCCCCGAGACCCGGCUGUGCUGCAAUACAUUGUCGAGAAAGGUUACGUCACAAUAGAUGGGGCUAGUCUGACAGUGACCAAGGUUGAGGAUGGCCCUGAGGGAUGGUGGGAGGUCAUGCUUAUUGCCUACACACAAGAGAAGAUCGUUACGGCGAGCAAAAAGUCUGGCGAGGACGUCAAUGUGGAGGUUGAUGAGGUCGGGAAGUACGUGGAGAAGAGCGUGGCGGGAUACUUCGAAGGGUCUGCGAACGGCGAGUUUGCGAUAUUGGAGAAGAUGGUCUCGAAGCUCGUGGACGAGAGGCUGAAGGCUUUGGGAAAAUGAGCUAGGCAUACGUCAGCGCGGAUGUGAUAUGGCUGCACUUGCCUGAGUGCUAGGGCACGAAAGAGUGUGCAAUGUCGCAGCUCAAGCUGCCGUUUCGAGCACAGAGGGCCUAUUGGGUUUCAGAACAUAUGUCUUCCCCCAAGGCUAGAGAUUCAGCUGUCUGUUAUAUAUAGAUGUACAAAGUGAUCCUCAUUGGCAUGGCUAUAUCUGUUGCCUGGUACAUGGAUUGCCGGGGCUGGCGGGUAAAGUGAGGCGCAGCGUUACACAUUGAUCUCGACAUAUAUAAACCUCAUACUGUC